GAUGGCCUGGAAACUUGCUUUAUCCUUGUUUCUUGUGUCUGCUCUGGCACACAUCUCCGAAACCAGGAAGAACCGCCCUGCGGGGGCCAUCCCCUCCCCUUACAAAGACAGCCGCAGCAACAACUCAGAGAGGAGGCAACACCUAAACAAAGAGGUGCUGGCCUCGAGCCAGGAGGCCCUCGUGGUCACGGAGCGGAAGUACCUGAAAAGCGACUGGUGCAAGACACAACCGCUGCGGCAGACCGUCAGCGAGGAGGGCUGCCUCAGCCGCACGAUCAUCAACCGCUUCUGCUACGGCCAGUGCAACUCCUUCUAUAUCCCGCGGCAUGUGAAGAAAGAGGAGGAGUCAUUCCAGUCUUGUGCCUUCUGCAAGCCACAGAAGGUCACCUCCUUCACUGUGGAGCUUGAGUGCCCAGAACUGGACCCCCCGUUCCGGCUCAAGAAAAUCCAGAAAGUCAAGCAGUGCCGAUGUAUGUCUGUGAACCUGAGCAGUACAGGGAAACCACGAAAGUGAGGGCAAGCGGCAGACCCUGCCAGAGGUCUUGCGGCCUCUCUUUCUUCCUACACAAGCGAGCUGAUUGUUUUUCCUCCUGGAACAGUGCCACUUGCACCAUUUGCUGACUGGAGAUGCAGGCUGCUCUGGGC